AUGUCUCUCUCGGUCGCGGAAAAAUCAUAUCUUUACGAUUCUUUAGCCAGUACGCCUUCAAUUAGACCUGAUGGAAGGCUACCUCAUCAAUUCAGACCUAUAGAAAUCUUUACCGAUUUCCUCCCAAGUUCUAACGGCUCAUCCAGGAUUAUAGCGAGCGAUGGUAGUGAAUGUAUUGUGAGUAUCAAGUCCAAAGUUGUAGACCAUUCCGUGGAGAGUGAGUUGAUCCAAGUGGACGUAGAUAUUGCAGGACAAAGAGAUGAUGCGCUUGUCGUCGAAACAAUGACUUCUUUACUAAAUAAAGUUCUGAAGUCUGGCAGUGGAAUAGACUCCUCUAAGUUGCAAUUGACAAAGAAAUAUAGCUUCAAGAUAUUCGUCGAUGUCUUGGUUAUUUCGUCAUAUUCACAUCCAGUUUCUUUAAUAUCCUUUGCCAUUUAUUCGGCAUUGAAUUCCACAUACCUACCGAAACUUAUUUCUGCCUUUGACGACUUAGAAGUGGAGGAGCUGCCCACUUUCCAUGAUUAUGACAUGAUUAAGCUCGACAUCAAUCCGCCCCUAGUGUUCAUAUUGGCUAUCGUGGGUAACAAUAUGCUGCUAGAUCCUGCUGCGAACGAAAGCGAAGUGGCGAAUAAUGGUCUAAUCAUCACGUGGUCCAAUGGUAAGAUUACGUCACCUAUUCGAUCUAUAGCAUUGAAUGAUUCCAACGUUAAAGGCCUGAAACCUAAUUUGUUGAAACAAGGUUUUGCAAUGGUAGAGAAAUACGCUUCUGACGUGGUACGAUCAUUGGAGAAUUUAUAA